AAACCAGCAAAUAAGGAUACAGAUGUAUUGGCAUGGUGGAAGGCCCAUCAGAAACAGUUUCCUCAUCUUGCUUGUAUAGCCCGUGACUAUCUUUCAAUUCCUGCAACCUCCACUUCCUCUGAAUGCCUCUUUUCUUCAAGUAAAAAUAUGAUCACAGAUAAAAGAUGUAAGUUGGCACCAAAGACUGUAAGAGCAGGACAAUGUCUUAAAUCAUGGAUGCAGGGGCCUUUGAAGGAGAAGUUGGGAAUUUAUUCAAGCAAAUAA